GUCAUGUUGCAACCCAGUCUCACGGCAUUCCACAAGAAGAAUAACACCUUAUUAUUGUGUUAUUGUGUGUGCAAAUUGUAGCCUUACAAUUCCUUUAAGUACAUCCUUUUGGCACAUUUUACCAAUAUAUAGUGUGUAGGUAUUAAACCUGCCUAAAUAUAAAAUAUUUGUUCUUUUCUAUUGACUCCUGCCAGGAAACGAAACCUAAUAAAUAAUUAAGACUGUGGUUUGCUUUCGUUUUCCGCUUUUCACUCGGUAAGAGUCGAUUCACUCAGUAAGAGUCGAUUCACUAAAAGCACGGUUGUAUGACUUAAAGUUAUUGUGUAUAUUUGUGUAUAUAUUUUGCUAUAUGGCGAUAACUAAUUUUACUAAUAAUUAUAAAUAUUUGCUUUACUUUGGCUAAAAAAAAAAAGGUUUUUUUUGCGACUCUCAGGAUCGACUCGUUUUGAGGAAUCAUUCAUUGGGGUUUGCAUGACAGGUGGAGCAUCUCUGACCUAACAGGAACACAGAGGGAACCCAGCUGUGUACAGGGUAAUAAACCAAAUCAGUUUUAUUUCUAACAUUUAUUACUCGGAUUUGAUCCAAAAUGAGCGCGUGCCUGAGUGAGCAGUAUGAGGAGAAGGUGCGUCCGUGCAUCGACCUGAUCGACUCUUUGCGCGCCCUCGGUGUGGAGAAGGACCUCGCGCUGCCGGCCAUCGCCGUGAUCGGAGACCAGAGCUCGGGGAAGAGCUCGGUGCUGGAGGCGCUGUCCGGAGUCGCGCUGCCCCGUGGGAGCGGUAUCGUGACGAGAUGUCCACUUGAGCUGAAGAUGAAGAGGAGCAAAGAGGAAGAUGUCUGGCAUGGAAAGAUCAAAUACAAGAAAGACCAUGAUCAGGACUUCGAGGAACAGUUUGAAGAUCCGGCAGAUGUGGAGAAAAAGAUUAGAGAAGCUCAGGACCAUAUGGCUGGGGUUGGUGUGGGCAUCAGUGAUGAGCUCAUCAGCCUGGAAGUGACGUCGGCUGAUGUUCCCGACCUUACACUUAUUGAUCUGCCUGGUAUUGCCCGAGUUGCAGUCAAAGGCCAACCAGAGGACAUUGGAGAACAGAUUAAAAGGCUGAUCAAAAAGUUCAUUACAAAGCAAGAAACUAUCAACCUGGUGGUGGUGCCAUGCAAUGUAGACAUCGCAACUACUGAAGCGCUGAAGAUGGCUCAGGAAGCUGAUCCAAAUGGCGACAGAACCCUCGGCAUCCUAACAAAGCCCGACCUGGUGGAUAAAGGCACGGAGGAGACGGUGGUGUCCAUCGUCCAUAAUGAGAUUAUUUACCUCACUAAAGGCUACAUGAUCGUCAGGUGUCGAGGGCAGAAAGAGAUCAUGGACCGCGUCUCGCUGCAGGAUGCCACUGAGAAGGAGAAGGACUUCUUUAAGGUCCACCCACAAUACAGCUUGCUGUAUGAAGAAGGAAAAGCCACCAUUCCCAACCUGGCUGAGAAACUCACACUUGAACUCGUCCAUCACAUUGAGCUAUCUCUGCCACGACUGGAGGAGCAGAUUGAAAUAAAGUUGGCUGAAGCCCAAAGUGAACUGGAUCGCUAUGGCUCAGGGCCCCCUGCAGAACCAGGAGAGAGAGUGGUUUUUCUGAUUGAUAAAAUCACAGCAUUCACUCAGGACACCAUUAACCUCACGACUGGAGAGGAGCUGAAGAAUGCCCAACAUCUCAACAUUUUCUCAGGCCUGCGGAGGCAGUUUUCUCUCUGGAAGUGUCACCUAGACAACUCCAGAGAGGCAUUUGACAUGAUGAUCGAGAAGGAGGUGAAUGAGUAUGAAGAAAAACACAGAGGAAGGGAACUCCCAGGAUUCAUCAACUACAAGACCUUUGAGGUGAUCGUGAAGGACCAGAUCAAGCAGUUGGAGGAACCUGCCAUCAGGAGACUGAAGGAAAUCUCAGAUCUUAUUCGGAAGGGCUUCAUCCAACUGGCUCAGUACAGCUUCUUGGGCUUUCCCAAUCUCCUCAAAAUGGCAAAGACCAUGAUUGAGUGCAUAAAGCAGAAAAAGGAGUCUGAGGCCGAAUCAAUGCUGAGGACUCAGUUUAAGAUGGAGCUGAUUGUCUACACCCAAGACAGCAUGUACAGUGACACACUGAGCAGGAUGAAACUCAAAGAGGAAGAAGAGCAUGAAAAUACUCAAAUGAUCGGGAUUGCUUCGUGUAGUUUUUACAAUAACUCGGACAACAGAGCCACUCUUUACGAACUGACGCGUCACCUCAAGUCCUACUACAGUAUUGUGAUUAAGCGUCUGGCUGACCAGCUGCCGCUGGUGAUGAGGUACCUGCUGCUUCAAGAGCUAGCGGCACAGCUGCAGAGAGAAAUGCUACAGCUCAUGCAGGACAAAAACAACACUGAUCAUCUGCUGAAAGAAGAUCACGACAUCGGCAGCAAACGCACCAACCUCCAAAGCCGACAGAAGCGCCUGAUGGAGGCCCGCAACUACCUGGUCAAGUUUUAGAGUGAAAGGUGAUGUCUAUUUUUUGGAAAUAUGCUAUUUAAAUAAGCUUAUUCUUAUUUAAAUACUUAGCGUUUCAGUCUAAACCCUAUCGUUUUAUGUUUAUUAUUUCAUUUGAAGAACUUACUUAUGUGAACUUGAAGUUUUGCUGAGAUCAUCUUCAUACAGUGAAGACCAAAAUUUAGUUUGUUAGACCCAACUGUUCGCAUAUAUUGCAACAUUGGCACUGGCACAAUGGCAAGCACACCAAAAUUAACAAAGGGGUAUUGACAUCAAACAUGGUGCCUCUAAUAACAACUAUCCGCUAUGUUGACCUAAGCAGUUUCACAACAGUGCCACCUACUGUUUGAGAUAUGAAGAUUUGAUGUUUUUGCUUAUAAUUUCUAUAAUAAAGUCAUGAAUCUGGUGGCUUUAGAUUUAGUGAGACAUAACAGUUUUAAUAUAACUCAUUAUGACUGUGGAUUAUAAUGCUUUACUUUACAAACCCAUUGGCUAAUCGCUACAAAACUCUGUAGGUAUCAUCAUUGGUAAGCUCUGAAAAUACUAAAAAAACAAAUAAAAUUAAUGAAUAAAACAAAAUUUUAAAGUUUUAUGUUAAAACCCCAAAGCUUUGCUCUGAACAUCAUGAAUUUUGGUAAGUAAAAGCAUCUUAUAAUUCUAAGGAAGCAUGCAGAAUUCUACAGAGCUUGGGUAAUAUGUAUUGCAUAGCAGUUCUAAAUGUAAAAAAAAAAAAAAACCUUUUUAUGCAUGCAUGUAAAGAUCUUAAAGUGCUUGAACACCGAUUUUAUAUAUAAACACCCUCCUGUAGUGCAUCAUUAAACUCCACUUCAGUCUAGUCUUAUAUAUAACAUAAUAGCAUGUUAAAACCUCUCAAUAAUGGGAGACAACUCCACUAGUGUUAUAAUCAUAUAAUCAGAUCAGAAGUUGAAACUAUAUCCAGUGUCCUAAGUCUGUUUCUAAACAUUUGGCAUAAAAACUGAUUGAAAUGUUGACCUUCUUAAAGGUUUUGUAUUGUUUUCUCACUUACCCUGUCUUUAUACAUGAGGUAAGUGUUGUAUACUCUAUAAUAAAGAAUUAUUAAAUACA